AUGCCGCGUUUUAAGCUUAAAUUGUUCACGCAAGAAGAGGCAGUACCUGCUGAUUACGAUGAUGAUAGUUCCAGUAAUGAUUCUGGAGAUAGGUUUAUUCCUGAUAGUCCGGGAGAAAAUAAGAUAAAAAAGGAUGGAAUAAUUGCAUUUUUAUUGAAAAAUGUGAACCAUAGAGACCACCAGCAAAAUAUAAAGAUAAUCAUUCAAGACAACGUGACUUUGACCGGUCCGCCAUUUUGCCUGGGUGGCAUACAAAAGAUUUAUUCUUAUUCUUCCUUUGUUUACACGCCUGGCUUGUUAUACAAAUUUGAUUUCUGUGCUUUUUUGCUUUGUUUUUGCGUUAAUUUAUACAAAAUGUAUCGAAGUGACUAUUAUUUGAGUUUAAGUGGUGAUGUUAAGUGCCGAUAUAAUCGGAAAAUGGAAAUAAUAGACAAUGUUGACCCCUAUGCAAUUCCAGUUGAGGAAUGCAAGCUUGAUUUGUACAAACUCCCCAAUAUUACAAUGAUGGAUCUAGUGAACUAUCUAAUUCUAAGUCACAGCUUUUAUACAGGCCAACAGCUCAAGGCUUACAAAAGCUUGCAAGCCUACAAGCAGUUCGAAGCUGGCUCUGUUCAAGGGGUUUUGGCAAAGCAGUUCAACGAUGAUGCAUUUGUUGUCAUUGCUAAGAAGCACGCUCCUUGUCUGGAUAAAGAAGAACUUUGUACUCUGUUGACCAAACUUCAAAAAACCGAUAUUCAGCCUGCAAUUUGUCGAUUAUUGGAACCAUUUGCAUCCCAGAUAGCAAUGGCAAACAAUGUCCCUCAAAAUUUGCCGCCAAGUUUAGACAACUGGUAUUCGUCAAAUAUGGUCAGCAAAUCAUACGAGGAAUUGCUAGCCAUAUCAAAAACUCUGGAUUUGACUUUAACUGAGGACCAAUGCAAAGCUAUUGAGGCAACAACCCGAGAACAGUCUCAAAAUAGCACCUGGUUCAAAUACAGAGCCGGAAGAAUCACUGCUUCUAGAUUUAAGGCAGUUUGUAGAACGACGAUCCAGAAACCUUCUUUAACGGUUGUGAAAGGUGUUUGCUACCCACAAAAGUACGAGAAAUAUUAUAAAGACCAACAUACCAACUUUAUGUUGUCGGCAAGUGGAUUCAUAAUAUGCCAGAAGCAUCCUGAAGUUGCUGCAUCACCUGAUGGUUUGGUGUCAUGUUCCUGUUGUGGUUUGGGGUGUGUGGAAGUUAAAUGUCCAUACCUAUUAGCAGAUGCGACAAGCUUCGAAGACUUUGCGUCUAAAAAGCAUACCUGCCUAAUUUUCAAUGAAAAUGAAUAUUCUUUGGACCGCAGCCACUGCUAUUAUUAUCAAAUGCAAUGUCAGAUGUUUGUGACCCAACGUAAAUAUUGUGAUUUUGUAAUAUGGUCCAAACAUUUAUUAUUUGUUGAAAGAAUAUGGUACGAUAAUGACUUUUGUUUGGAAAAUAUCAAAAAAGCACUUGAUUUCCAUGCAUAUGUUAUCAGACCAGAACUCUUAGGCAGAACAAGCCUAAAACACCUAAGUACAAGCACACCAGCGAUGACCGCUCAAGGCCAGCUAGCCGAACCGCCAAGUCCCAAGGCCAGCAAAGACCCAAAGGUCCACACCACCUCAAAGGCUCGCCAAAAAAAGUUCCAGCGACAUUUUCCCAAUGUCGAAGAGGACGAGAAAGUGCUCAAUCAUUAUUCGUGCGCUUUAAUCGGGGACAUUUUACUGCAGGGACACCUUUACAUCACCAAAAACUAUUUUGCUUUCUAUUCUAAUGUGUUUGGAUAUGUCACUAAGUUGCUGAUACCAAUUUUAACAGUCGAAGAAAUUACCAAAGAAAAAACUGCUAGGAUUAUACCAAAUGCUGUAGGUAUUACGACCAGCGAGGACAAGCACAUUUUCGGUAGUCUAAUGUCUAGGGAUAGUACUUUGGCUUAUAUGAGGACAGUGUGGGAAAAGGCGAAAAGCGAAGAAGCUCUGCCCGAACCGGAAAUAACCGAAGAGCAAGAUUCAUCAGAGUCUGGAGAAAGUGGCAGAGAAUCACCUCCUUUGGAAUCAGUGCCUUCAGGCACAGAUGUUUUGGCCAGCGCUAAAUUUGAUAGGAUGCGAAAGGAGAGUGUGAGAAAUCAAAUUGAAGGUUCUAUGCUGGAAAGAAAAAACUCAAAAGGCUUAGUGAGAACGUUAAAAGAUGCCAUAACCGAAUUCCGGAAAUUGCCCAGGCAAAGUCUUAUACUAGUAGCCACAACGCUUCUUUUAAUAUUGCUGUUCCUUUCAGCUGCCGUUUUGUUAUACAGGAUAAAUAGAAUUCAAAAUAAAUAUUCCAUAUCUUUACAAAGUUCUUCUGUGGCCUCCAACUCUGAAGAUAUCUACAGUGAUCUCUUGCAAUGGCAGACGCAUCUUCAUUCCAGAUCAGCCGAUGCAGUUAAUGGGUUUCUGGAUAAUAAUUUAGAUCAAAUUGCAAAGGUAAGGCAAUCCCUUGAAGCCCUAUCAACAUUACUAACAAGCCAAAAUCAAGAAAGUCCAUCUCAGGAGAAUCCAGAUGUUAAAAAUGAAAAAGUCCCUUCACCUGCAAGUAGUCACAGUUAGCAAUUUAUUCCUAGUCUAAUAAUUAUUCCGAUUUUGUUGAAAAAAGAAAACAUAGAUGCCGAAUUUCUAUGACAGUAUUUCAACACAAUUACAGUUACAGUAUUCAUUCUCAAGCAUAUUGUUCCAUAGUUGCUUAAAUUAUUAGAAUUUCCAUUCUGGAGCGAUUAGGGUAAUGACUCAAAAGUUGUGCACUUAUAAAUAAUAUUUUAUAAUCUGACACAUGUUAAUAUAUAGAAAAAGCCAAAAAAAAAGCAAUGCCAUUAAGUUAAAAGUCAAUUUUUUUUUUUGUAAUUGAAACAAAUUGCCUUUUAAGCUUAGAUUUAAGUGUGCACCACCUUAGAAUAACUAAAAAUAAGCUCAACAAAUAAAAAUAUAUUGCUGUCCUUGAUAAUACAUUAGAUUGAAAAUUUUGCUCCAAAAUUACGGUUCCCAAAACUCAAAAAACUUGUUAAAUUUUUAGGCCUAAAUCUUGCUUAACAUUAGUGAGUAAAUGUAAAUCAGACAGUAAUUAUUAUUGUUAUAAUUAAGUAGGUACAAAAAACAUUUUGUUAUAUUUUUUUGGCUGGUUUCCAAAAAUUAUUUUAAGUUGUGUAUCAUAUACACUGUUUCUGUCACUGCUUUAUUAUAUGUAUUUCAUAGUAGGUACUUAAAGUUGCUGAGCAAAAAUCAAUUUUAUUUAAUCCAUUUUUGUUUUGUGAUAAAAAGACAAAAAUGAUUGGCAGAAAGUAGGUUGUAAGUAAAUGAAAGUGGAUUUUUUUAACUGGACUGAAUAGAUUAAUUUAAGGAAGGGUCAUGAGAGAGAGAAUGUUAAAUACAUAGUAAAAUGUAUCCAAUAAAUUUAUCCUAAGUUACACCUGAUUAAGGGUUAUUUAUUCCCAAUAGUAUGUAUAUUUUGUAUAUUUUUGUAGUUAGAUACCUGAAACGAAGUUAUGUAAUUGAAAAGAACCAUAUUAGCUUUUUCUUGUUGGGUUUAUUAUUAUUAUUAUUAUUAUUAUUAUUAUUGAUCCAUUUUUAUGGUUAUUAUUUAUUUAAUUGUAUAGUCAAAAUAUGUAGAUUUAGAAGUUCCUCUAUAGUAAAAUUCAUUUUGAAACUACAUAUUUUUCGAUAUUCAAAAUUUUCAAAUGUUGACGUUAAACUUUUAUCGAAAAGAAAAAUACUUGUUUGUUUUGUUGGUGCAUAUUAUUUUGUUUUUAAACCUAUUUGUAAUAGACAACCUGUGAUAUUUUGUUUUUGCUUUUAUGGAUUAAUAAAUGAUGGUUCUAUAAAAAUCAUUGGUUUGUUUUACUUUGAAUAGAGAGUAGGAAAACUUCCAUAUUUCAUGUCUUCUACACAAGAUCAACCUUUGUGUCUGGAGAAUUCUUGUGAGAAAGUUUUUGUAGGGAGAUUAUUAUACUAGAAUUUCUAGUCUCUAGUUUGAGUUAAACUUUAAGCUCAUAUUCUUUGUGUUUAGAAACUUGCUUGGAUUAUUUUGCUUAGUCAUUUUUCAAACUUGUAAUCUUGUCUCCAGAAAACUCCUGUGAGUUUGUGAAUACAUUCCAUUUUUAAUCUGGUCUGUAUUACUUUUCUUUGAUUAGAGUUGUAUCAACAGUCUUGUAAUUUUCGUUUCUGGAAAAGGACUAUAUGACAAUUUUUUUCUUAUUAAGAAUCUUUUGUAGGUUUGAAGUCUAGAAGUCUUUGACUCAAACUUCCAACUUGUAUAUAGAAAAUUCUUUCGAGAGAGUUUUUGUAAGAAAUUCAGUCUAGACCUUGUCUAUGGUGUCAACAAUCCAAUUUGAGCCAAUCUUGUUGUCAGAAAAUCUUGUGUCUAGAAAAAUCCUGUCAGCAACAUUUCAUCAAAUUGUUAAGAAUAGUUUCAUCUUUUUACAAGAGUUGUAUUGUAGCCAGAAAAAAAUUAAACUUGUAAAUCUUCUCUCAACAAGUUUUUUUUAGGAUUAAACAUUGUUUAGUACCAUCAAAUUGCCUAUAUAAUACUAAAAUAAUUAUAUCACAUGUGUAUAUCCCUUCACUUCUCCGACACUACCAACAAUAAACUUCCUAUCAACUAACGCAAUUAAAUACGGCAACAAACAAGUAAAACUAACAUAAAAGGUGUAUGGCAAAGGUGCAGUGCUUCCAUAUAAAUAAAACCACAAUCCCCUUCGCCAAGCAUCCCUUACAUGAUGCGUUGCAAAUGCUGUCAGCAUUAUUAAAGCCCCUCUUUUCAAUUGGACAUGCUGCAAAGCAUAACUCAGCACGAGUAGAAUUGCAAAUAAUACUAAAGGAAUGGUAGAACAGUGGAGUAAUGGCCUGUGUUUU